ACGAAGCUAUUUUCCAUAUCAAUAGAACCCACCGAGUGCCCCUACUGCGAAGCUGCGAUGUGAACUUUUUCUAACCAAUAUGCUAAUGAAGAUGGCGAUGAAUUGUCACCGAUAUGUCACUUGGCCCGACUCCAGGAGCGCUUGUUGCAGCGGGCAGUCGUCAGUUCAAGUUCAGUCAGUUAGUCACUUAGUCUCAGCUCUGCUGGAUUAUGAUGCUGAAUUUUAGUUCCAUUUCCAACGAGUCCCAUCGCUUCAACGUCAGCCUGCAGUACGAGUGCGACGGGAGUUCGGAAAUCCCGGAAGAGAUCACCACAUUGCGGUUCAAGAUUCUGAUCUAUCUGGCCUACACUGGGAUCUCGCUGGUGGCGAUCGUAGGGAAUGUGGCCGUCCUGUUGGUGGUUCUGUUGAUACCGCGGAUGAACACCGUGACGAACUGUUUCAUCGCAAAUUUGGCCUUCGGUGAUAUGCUGAUGGUCAUCUUCUGUAUUCCGUUCAGUUUCGUGUCGAUUUUUGUGCUCCAGUAUUGGCCCUUCGGAGCGUUGAUCUGCCAAUUGGUCAACUAUUCGCAAGCGAUUUCGGUGAUGAUCAGUGCGUACACGAUGAUCGCCAUCAGUUUCGAUCGUUACAUUGCCAUCAUGUGGCCGUUGAAGCCGCGGGUUACCAAGCGGAUUGCGAAAAUACUGAUCUUUCUCAUUUGGGCCGGUGCCCUGAUUACCGCACUGCCGAUUCCGGUGUAUUCCACGUUGAUUCAACCGACGGAAUGGUACGAUCACUGUGAUUUGUCGAUCUGCAUCGAGGUCUGGCCGGACGAUGAAGCCGAUCGUAACUACUCGAUAACGUUGAUGACGCUGCAGUUUUUGGUACCACUGAUCGUACUGAUCUUCACCUACACCCGGAUUGCCUGCAAGGUUUGGGCCAAAAGCCCACCCGGUGAGUCCGUUAAAGGCCGUGACCAACGCAUUCUUCAAUCGAAGCGCAAGAUGAUCAAGAUGAUGAUCACCGUGGUGUUGGCGUUCAUCAUCAGCUGGCUACCGUUCAACAUCUUCAUGCUGAUCCCGCUCGAUCCGGAAUGGCAACCGCUGCCCUAUCUGUGGUUCCUGUUCCACUGGUUGGCCAUGUCCCACAGCUGCUACAAUCCGAUCAUUUACUGUUACAUGAACGAAAAGUUCCGCCAGGGUUUCCGGCAUCUGUUGCACCGGACGACGGCACGCUGUGGAUGCUGCAGCUCCUGCUGCUGUUGUUGGAAACGGCCACAGCGGAAACCAAGUGACGCAAGUACGAACACCGAGCUGGUGCAGCUGUUUCCGUCCGUAACACUGAUGACCACGUUGCGAUGAAAUCGUUUUAUAGUAGAUAUUAUAAACGCGUGAUGAUA